AUGUUAUUCUUGUCUGCUUUUGUACUUUUCGCUAUAGCCUGGAUUUCGACACGAGUUAGUAAUCAGAUCAGACCUAUUCGAGUUUAUCUUUUUCGUGCUCAUGAAGAGGAAAUUGAAUCUGAACCAGAGUUAGUAGAUAGCGUUAGUCAAUCUCCAAUCAGCCAGGAGAAUGAGCCCCAUGAUAACGAGGACGAAGUCGUCUUCACAGAAUCAGAGAAUAGUGAGGCGAAUGAGGAUGAAGAUGAGCUUCGAGAUUAUUUAACAACUCGCAAGCAAUGUAAUUGA